AUGGAGAAGGCAGACAUAGGGGAGGUCAGAGCAGACGUGAAGGAGGUGGUGGAGGAGGGUGCGGUAAGGUCUGUGGUCGUAACAUUCUCCCUGCCUGAAAGAAUCCAGAGCGCUUCUCAGAUCGAGUUUGCACUGAAGCAGGGAGGGAAGACAGGAACAGGGAAGGGCUUCAUGGCGAUCUUGAAGAGUUUGGAGGGAGAGGCACACGAUGAACAGGGAUCUGUCUUGUCUCAGAUUGGACUUCCUUACAAUUUGGACGAAGAAAGGGCUCAGGCUCGAUUCCGUAGGAGGAAAGGACAGCUGUGUGUUGAGAUCCCCAUUGCGAUCGAAGCACUUGAAGAUGGCUUGAAGCAACUUUCUGUGAACCCAUCAGACGCAGCACACACUGAUGAAGAGCGAUCUAUCAAUACCCUGAAAAAACACCGUCAUAAAGACUCGGGCGGAAUUGAGAAGUCCACUUUGAUCCUCACCGAGGAAAACUUCUCCGUCAUGAGCGAUGAAUCACGCGGGCGCCAUGUCAUCGCGUCGAAGCGCAUGGGAGAGGGAGAGCUUGUGUGGUUUGAAGAGCCUUGUGCGAUUGUCAAGCCGGGUAUGGAAAUCGAGGGGCUGCCGAACCAGAGCGACGAAUGGCUGCUCACUUACCUGCUGCUCCAACAUGGCUCAGACGAAGCAUGGAGUGCGUCGUACGUGACAGACGCGCGAUCAGCAGAGAUUGAGUCCAAUGAAAACGUUGCCUGGAUUGCGAAAGAGUUCGGCUGCUCCCAGAAGACGGUCCUUUCAGUCUUCCGGGCCGUUGCCAACAACGCGUUCUCGCUGGACACAGCCCUUCUGCGAGUGAAGUACGGCGCUGCCUUCUAUCGUGCUGCCUCCUACUUCAACCACUCGUGCUUUCCAAACUGUUUCUCACGCAGGAUGGGAGGGAACAUGGCGAUGUUCACCAACAGACCCUGCAAGCAAGGGGAAGAGCUCACCCAUAGCUACCUCCCCGUCGAGCUGCUGGCAGCUCCCAUCGAGGUGAGGGCAGCCAACCUGCAUUUCGUCUGCGAAUGCGAGCGAUGCCGGGCCGAGCGGAGGGAACUGCAGUCGAGCCCACUGCGAGCUCUCGGGUUCACAAAGGAGUUCUCCAGCUCAGAGCUGGGAAGGUGCGUCGCCGACUUCAAGGUCACGUGUGUAGCGAGCCACAGCAAGGUAGCGCUGCCAGACGAAUGCGAGCUCAUCGUGUCUCAGGGGAACGCCUGCAUCGACGCAUGCUUCUCCUUCCUACGGGCUCAUCCCGUUGCAGCGCUGGAAGUAGUGAUUCCCUACCUUCAGGCCCUGUGGGGGGGGCUGGUCGCUGGGUCGGCCACUUUGACUGCGGCGUUCGCUUCGGGGGAAGCUUCGAAAGAGAAGGCGCGUCUUAGGCGGGGAGCGAGGGCUGCUGCAUCCUUGUUUCAACACGCCGCAAGGACUCUGCGCGAGGAGUACGGGGAGGUUGUGCCGGGCCCAGUGGCAAAGAUGCUUCAAGCUGAGAGCAGUGUGAUGCUGUUCCUGCUGGAUGGAAGUGGUUCGGAGAACACUGCUAGGGAUGUUGUGGAGGGUCUGAGGGGUAUUCAUGACAUGCACGGGAACAGUCUACUGGUGCUCAACGAAGACCUGUCUUGUGUGGACUUGUUCGAAGACCUGACCUGUCCCUCCCUCCGUCAGUGUUGCAGUGAAUUUCUUCAUCUCCGCCAGCUCUCUCGGGAGGAGGUCAAAGGUCGAUGGGAUCGAGCCAUCAUCUGA